CUCUCUCUCUCUCUCUUCGCCACGAAACCCUAACCCUCUCCCUCCUCUCUCUCUCUCUCUCUCUCUCUCUCUCUCCCUCCCUCUACUCCCCUCGUCGAAAACCCUAGAAAGGGAAUGCAGAAGACGCGGCUGCAGGAGCUGUGCCACCGGAGGCGGUGGGCGCCGCCGGAGUACACGGUGAGCCGCGAGGGCCCCGACCACGCGCCGCGCUACCGGGCCACCGUCGCCGUCGCUGGCGCCGCGUUCGACGCCCCCGACCCCUCCGGCUCCUCCAAGGAGGCCCAGAACAAGGCCGCCAUGGCCGCACUCGACCACCUCGCCUCCGCCCCCGAAGCGACCCCGCCCUCUCCCUCCACCCCUGAGAAUCAAAUAUCUUUCAAAAGCCAGCUGCAAAUUUAUACGCAAAAGAGAAAUAAGGAACUACCAAUAUAUAGCUCUGCACGGGAGGGUCCACUUCAUGCUCCUUUGUUUAAGGCUACUGUUACGGUAGACGGGCGUACUUUCGAAAGUCCAAAACAUUUUAACACAAUAAAGGAAGCCGAAAGUGCUGCCGCGGAAGUUGCUUUGAUGUCCUUGCCGCGAGAAGAAGAUCAGCAGGAAAAUUUUUCAGCUGAAUCAGCUCUUUAUAAGAACCUUUUACAAGAGCUGACUCAGAAACAAGGCAUAUCUUUGCCCUCAUACCAAACUUUGAGAGAUGGUGCAUGCCAUAUGGCUACUUUUCGAUCAACUGUUGAAGUAGAAGGCGAGAGUUUUGAAGGAGAUGUUGCUAAGACGAAGAAGCAGGCGGAGAUGAAUGCUGCGAAGGUUGCUUGGUAUAAGCUUAGAGAGCGUAAACAAAAUCGACUUGUUUCUGAUCCUUCAACCAGUUCAUGCAUGCAAAAGGAAUUUGAUUCUGCUCAUCCUUCCAGUGCUCCAUUAAUUAGCUGUGACAAGAAUGAAGCUGCAGCAGUGAAUCACACUUCAAGCUCUCUCGAUUCCAUCAACUCCCAAUCAGAUCAGAAACCCAUAACUCUCAUUUCACUCGCAAAUGCCUUGGAAAAUUACACUUCAGCGCCUCUUACCAAGCGAGGCACUGAGACUGUAGUGAAGAAUGAACACCCCAAAGAUUAUAACUUGCCUCGAGAUUUGGGCUUGUUAUCUUCCCCGUCAUCCGAUCUCUCUGAUCGCCCUACCACGACUAUGAGUAUCGGGUGUUCCCAGGGGGAGUGUUCCAAGGGGGGGAGCAACGACUCCUUGUUGGGUAAAAGAGUGCGAGUGUAUCCCCGCAAACCGAACCUGGUUUUGCCCCAAGGCGCGACCUUGCUCCCAUUCAGCGAUGACAUGUGGGUAGCCGUUAGCCUCGAUUUAUGUGAAGGCGAUGUUCUCAUAUAAUCAGCAUUUCAAAGGGGAUUAUGGAAAUCAAACUAACUCUCCCCAAAACCUGUUGUAACACUCGUGUCGUCUUGUUUUUCGUUUGAUAUGUAUGAAAGUAAGUGAUUAAUUUGCUGAAUGUAGAAUGUGCCAUAACUAAAGUAUAUAAACAAAAUAGUCAGAUACGGACACCGAUCAUCAUGUUAUGAACUCUGUAUCUUUAUGAACAUAAUAAUAUCUGUUUAUUGUAAGUAAAUACUAAAUAGUGUAGUUAACCUAACGUUUAUGGCUUGCUUCUCAGAGAAA